AUGGCCGCAACCAGGCCCCAAACACUAGCCGGCAAAGUCGCCAUUGUGACAGGCGCAACGAGAGGAAUCGAUGCCGGGCUAGCUGAAGAAGUGGCCCGCCGAGGAGCGAAAGUCUUGAUAACAUACACACCGUCAAGCAGUGAAUCCAUCGCAGACCAAAUAAUGGAGCACAUCCAAAGCUUCAAAAACGGCGCAGGUGCAGCCCAAGUCCGCGCCGAUCUGCGCCAACUAUCCGCGGGACAAACGAUUGUCGAAGCCUCGAUGCAAGCGUUCGGUGCCCACAUCGAUAUCUUGGUUAACAACACCGGCGUGGAGUUAGUGAAGCCCCUGUCGGAUCUCACGGUGGAAGACUACAACCUCGUCUACAACCUGAACGUCCGCGGAGCCGUCUUUCUAACACAGGCUGUUCUCCCACAUCUGCGUGCGCCCGGCCGGAUCAUCAAUAUUAGUUCGAUCGGUGCACGGGAAGGAAUCGCCAAUCUGUCGACUUAUUGCUCGUCUAAGGCGGCCUUGGAGGGCUUGACGCGGUGCUGGGCUGCAGAGUUGGGCGGUGCCGGGCAUACGGUGAAUGCUGUUAAUCCGGGGCCGUCGGUGACGCCCGUGGAGCAUCGGGCUGGGACGAUUGACGAUGUUGCGCAGGUGGUGGCGUGGCUUGCUUCCGAGGAGAGUCGGUGGGUUUCGGGGCAGGCGAUUGCUGCUUCUGGGGGGUACGUGAUGUACUGA